AUGCCAAAUAUUUGCAAGAAUAACGAUGGAAACAAACUGAUUGAAUGCGAUGGUAAUUUUUGUGGUGCAUUUAAAAGUCAAAGACAAGACGGUCAACUUUUGGAGGGCAUUGAUAUCAGAUGUGAUCCAAACUCAGAAAUUUUUGCGCCCUUUGAUGGCGAAAUGUAUUUUUGGAGACCGUAUGGAAAUACUGAAGGUUACAAAUGUGCUGAUGAAGGAGUUCGAAUUGAAGGAACCGGGCAGUGGCAAGGAUAUCAUAUUCUAAUAAGUUCUAUUAUACCGAAUACGUUUGGCGGAAAAGUGAUGAAAGGUGAGAGGAUUGGUCGAGCUAAUGAUCAUCGUUGCAUUCAUGGCGGUACUGGUGAACCGUAUAUACGCUUUCAACUUUUCAAUGAAGGUCGUCCAGUGGAUCCCACAUAUCAUCUUCAAGAAUGUAUGUGUACAGGUCAAAUUUGUGAAUCAAACCCGAAAAAUGAUCUACUUGGUCCACCUUUUAAACACGAUAGUCGUUUCAAUGGAGUUCGAGGAUGGGAUAUAAAAUGCCCAUUGGUGAUUGACGAUGAUGAAGAGCAACCUCGAGCGCCGGAUAUCUAUUCACCAAUUGACGCUGAAGUAAUAGGACGAAGUCGCUUAUAUUCAAAACAAGGUGCCUAUAUCGGAUGUGAUAAUAACGGUGUUGUUCUGAUUGGUACAGGAGCAUGGAAAGAUUUCGAAGUUGUGCUUUAUAACGUUCACUAUCGCGAUCAACUUUUGGGUCGGCAAAGAGUCAUUCAGGGUCAACCUAUAGGGAUUCGUUUGAAUUGUGGAGAUUCGCCAGAUUCAGUUUUCAUGGAAGUUCGAUAUCGUGGUGUGAUCGUUGAUAUUUCUGAUAUGAUUAGUGCAAAUAAAUGUAAAAUGCCCGAAUUUUCACCGAAAUAA